UAUAUAAAAUCAUUACAAAAUUUUCAAGUAUAUGUACUCAUACAAAACUAACUAAUAUUACUAGUAUUCACUAAUCUGGAGAUAUAUACAUAUAUGGCAUUGGUGAUCAACCAUCUUGGCACAUUUUUGCUCAUCGUUUUUGUUUUCGUAGCAUCAUCAGGGGUAAGAGUAUCUGAGUGCACAAAAUUUACCAUCAUCAACAACUGCAACGAGACCAUAUGGCCCGGAAUCCACCCCAGCAACUUCAGCACAGGCGGCUUCGGCCUCCGCCCAAAUCAGUCGGCCGUGUUCAGCCCCCCGCCCGCAUGGCACGGCCGCAUAUGGGCCCGCACUGCUUGCGACUUCACCCACAACGGUACGUGCCAGACGGGCGGCUGCGGCCCUAGCCUCCAGUGCACCGAGCCGGGGCAGCCGCCGGCCUCCAUUGCCGAAUUCGCCCUCGGAGGCGACAUCGACUACUACGACGUCAGCCUCGUCGACGGCUUCAACCUGCCCCUCCUCAUUGUGCCGCUAAGCGGCAAGGGCAACUGCAGCUCCGCUGGCUGCGACGUUGACCUGCGGCCCGACUGCCCGCCCGAGCUCGCCAUGAGGUCGGGUGGGAAGGUCGUGGCCUGCCGGAGCGCUUGCAACGCAUUCGACACCGAUGAAUACUGCUGCAGGGCGGCCUUCUCGACUCCGAUGGCGUGUUUGCCGACGAACUACUCGAGAAGGUUCAAAGUGGCCUGCCCUGCAGCUUAUAGCUUCGCGUAUGAUGAUCCAACAAGUAUUGUUACGUGCUCCGCUGCAGAUUAUAUGCUCGCUUUUUGCUCUUCAAAGAACCAAACGGCGUCGCAAUGUACCUAUCAUGACAACAAGCUUAUAUGCAAUGCAGCAAGUGGGAUGUUGAAGAUGAAGCAAUUGUGGCGAGUGAUGGCAGUUUUGGUGGCCAUUGUCUCACCAGUUCUGAUGUAACGGAUAGUUUAGAAAAGGUAUAAUGGAGUAACUUCAUGUAAAAAAAAAAGAAUCUUCACUUUAAUUUUAAAAUAUGUCUGAUAGUUAUUAAAUUAUUUAUUUAAUUUAAUUUUGUUAAUGAGAUUGGAAUUCAUCGUGAUUUAUUUGUAAAAUAAAAUUUCGAUGUCUGUAAUUUACAUAUACUGUAACAUUUUGGUAAAUAAAAAUGACGUCGUUUUAUACGUUGA